AUGAUUAGUCACUCCUUUAUCUUUGCUGUUGCUGCUGCUUUCCUUGGUGUCCAAGCCACCAACUCCACCAAUGGUACUUCCUUCGAGUAUCCAACCUCCUUAAGUGCCUCUUCUUCUGGCCCUGCAGUGACCUCUUCUACUCUUGUUGCUAACGUCACUCUUCACGAAGGCAAAGCCCAAUUGUACUACCAAUGUGGUGGUUAUGGAUGGACAGGAGCCACGGAAUGUGCUUCUGGUGCCUACUGUAAAUCACAAAACCCAUACUACUAUCAAUGUGUCGCCACUUCUUCUGACUGGUAUAGCAGUAACGGACACUCCCACUCUUCCGCUGCCACCACCGAUGUUGUUCAAGUGACUGUCACUACUAAAAGUAGUCCUCAAUCUGCUAUUGCUGCUUCAUCUUCUGCUUCAUUUAGCAGCUACUCAAAUAGCACCGCAGUCGAAAUUUAUAGCACAUCAGCUUCAUCUGACAACGUUACUUCUAGCAAUCAUGAAGAAAAAUACUCUACCACUGUUAAAAGUACCCAAACUUUAGAAUACUCCUCUAGUAUUUCUACUGUUGCUCCAACCACCACUGUUGCUUCCUCUGCUUCUUCCUCUGCUUCUUCCUCUGCUUCUUCCUCUGCUUCUUCCUCUGCUUCCUCCGAAUCAUCAUCUUCAUCUUCUUCUUCUUCUUUUGCCUCAUCUUCUGAUGACAGUACCUAUACAACCAGCGCUUCUUCCACCUCUUCUUCUGCAGUGGCCACUUUGUCUACCUCUGUUGUUUCUUCAUCUGCCACUUCGACCAGCUCUGCUGCAGUUGAUCUUAAAACCGUUUCUGGAGGGUUCAGUGGUUCUGGUGUCACUACUCGCUACUAUGAUUGUUGUUUGCCAAGUUACAGUUGGAGCGGUAAGCUGAGUGCUGUCUCCCAACCAGUUUACGCUUGUGAUGCCUCUGGUAACAAAUUCUCUGGUCAAACUUUCUCCACUUCUGGUUGCAUUGGUGGUGACGCUUUCAUGUGCCCUGAUCAACAACCAUGGGCUAUUAGUGAUGAUUUGGCUUACGGUUUCGCUGCUGCCUCGAUUGAAGGUGCCACCGACCAAACCUUGGCUUGUACCUGCUACAAGUUGACUUUCACCAAUACCGCCAUUGCUGGAAAGAGCAUGGUGGUUCAAGUUACUAACACUGGUGGCGAUCUUUCUGGAUCCCAUUUCGAUUUGCAACUUCCAGGUGGUGGUGCUGGUAUUUUCACUUCUGGCUGUCCAAGUGAAUUUGGUUCUUCUUAUUCUUGGGGCGCUCAAUACGGGGGUGUUUCCUCUGAAGAAGAAUGUGCUGACCUUCCAGAUACUUUGCAAUCCGGUUGUGAUUUCAGAUUCACCUGGUUUGAAAAUGCUGACAAUCCAGAUGUCACUUACGAACAAGUUGUUUGUCCAGCUGCUAUCACUGCUCUCUCUGGUUGUUCCCGUUCUGAUGAGUAG